AUGAGCCGCCGCCCGUCCAUCCCAGCCUCCAAUGCGAGCUACGACGGGCUGCCAUACGACAAGCUCAAGGCCAUCGCAUUCGAGUCCGACCCAACAGUCGACCGUGGUCCGCGACAAUGGUUCGACCUGGCAUUGCGACACGCCGAGACAGCGCGCCAGGCCGAGCGCCGAGGCAGCAAAGCAGACAUGUUUGUCGCCUACUCGCGUAUCGCUACCAGCUACAACAAUGCAACAGGCCAUCCGGACACCAAGGCCCUCAAGGCGACCGACCGCGCUUGGGCCCAACGGCUGGCAGAUUUCAAACCGACGUGGGAGAUGGCUGUGCGCAAGGCUCGUUCACUCAAAGAGGAGUUUCGAGAGGCAGACGAAAAGGCCAAGGCGGCUGGCAGCACCAAUGGGUCCAUGGGCCCGCCGCCUGUUCCAACCCCCGCCGCACGACUCGCUGGCCAACGAGGCUCACCACCUAUUGACGCAGAAGCUGGAGGCAGCAUUGCAGACCGCAUGAAGGCGCUCAGCGGCCAUGGGGUCAAUGUUGGGCAUGUCCCUAACCGUAUCAGCCACGACUUUGGCAGCGGCGGUGCAGGGGUUGCACACGCCGCAGCAGCAGCACCAGCGCCGCCGGCAACGUCGAUGCACGCUGGACACCAUUCGAUCUCCUCUAUCCCUGUACCUCCUCCGCACUCGAACGGCGUGGCUCCGAGCGUGACGGGUGGGUCGGCUCAGAGCGCUCUCUCGGCGCGCUCGCACGACGACGGUGGUGGUAGCCUGGGCGGACUCGUUAGCCCGACCCUUGGCAGUCCCACAAAGUCGAUACCGACGCUCCCACCAACCCACGGUGCGACGCCGCCGUCCACAGGUGCGUCACCUGUUGACGAGCUCGACAAGUUUGAGCGCGCUUUCCCCUCGUUGGACAACUUUGGCAAACAGUUUGGCGAGACCGACCUGCCAGUCAUCACGGGCUCAAGCAAGCCUCGACAGGCAUCGCCUUCUGGCCCGAGGCCUGCACCAGGCUCGCGCUCGAACAACAACCUCGCCGACAUCUUGUCCUUUCCCUCACUUCCGUCCGUGCCUAUGGAUAUCCCCGGCAAGUCGUCAGCCGCUGAGGCCGCCGUCGACCUCCCUCCACCACCUCCACGUCCAGCACUCGAUUCUCUUGAAUCUGCCCCUUCUCCCCCUUCCCCCGACCUCCUCAACGACCUCAAGCGGCCAGCAAGCACACCAAUGUUUGGCGCAGCCGGGCUGUCCAUCUCGCCCCCAGAGGCCUCGCCCACAGACCUGGAAGCACGUUUCGGCGCGCUUCGCGUGGGAGAGAAACACACCUCGCCCGUUGCUGCUGCCGCCGCCGGUGUGAGCCCUCCAGCACGGUCACUGCAGCCUGGUCCUUCUGGCUCUGAUGCAGCUCCGCGUGCGCUGGCGACGUCGCCUCCGACGCAAAAGCCGGCAGUUGUGCCCCCUCCUCAUCCAUCCACAGCUUCUGGCGCCCUCACGUUCCCCAUGGCCGCCCCAGCUCCACCACCGCCAUACGGCAUGCCGACAAAGAGCAGCCUGCCCGAUUUUGCGUUCACCAACAGCAUCACCCCUGAGACCCUCCGCACGUACUUUCUCAACCUGUCGGUCGACGUGCUCCUUCUUGAUGUGCGCGCGGAGAAGGACCAUGACGUUGGCUACGUCGGUGCAGAGUACAUUGACCGCGGAUGCAAGAUCAACACGGUGUGGAUUGACCCCACGGUCAUCAUGCGGCCAGGGAUCAAUACUUCGACUGCCUUGGAAGACGCAAUGUCGAUCCUGCCCAAGGAAUACCGUCUCGCGUUUGAGAACCGCAAUCGCUACAACAUUGUUGUCGUGUACGACCAGUCGUCAACGAGUUUCCCCAAGAAGGGCUCCCCACCGACCCCCGUCUCUCGCUUGGUGGACCUGAUCCACGAGAACGAGUAUGUCAAGCCAUUGCCCAGGUUCCCUGUCCUCCUUAUCGGCGGAUACGAGGGCUGGCUGUCGUUCAUCCACAGGCGCGUGCAGCAGAACCAAGCCCACCACUACGCCGUGUCCAAGUCGCCCACGUCUCCACCCACCUCCAACAGGCCGUACAACCCAAAGACGAACGGACAUGCCAAUUCGACUCCAUUGGGUCCCAAGCCGGUCGGUGCGGGCAACAUGCCAUCGGACCUGGUGACCAAGAAGCCUCCCCAACACGCUGCGACCUACACCCACGGUUCGCAACCGUCGCAGUACUCCAAGGAUAUCACAGAGAAUUUCAACUAUGGCGCCCCACAGUCUAUGAGUGGUCCGUUGUCCUACUCUGGUCACCAUGUCAGCACUCCAUCCUUCCCUGGCCACGCGACGUCUCCACCACCUGCGUCGCACCACGUUGCAAACCCUUCCUUGCCACGCACUUCACAUGUGCCAUCAGCCUCGAUCUCGUCGUACUCGGCACAGGCGCCCAUUGCCGCCCCACCGCGUGCGUCAAUCCACCCCGGCGCUGGUACUCGCAGGCAGAGCGGAUACCUGGACAACACACAGCACUACUCCGGGUUUGGUGCAACGUCCAGGCCCAGCAUCGACUAUCCCCAGGCUCACGCGCUUGCACUCGUGCCCCAGCCUCCCCCUGCCGCGGCCACGCACAGCCUGGAGAGGCAUGACCAGCGUCCCUCAAACCAGGUCGUGCGGAGCACCGCGUCCCGUCCUGUGGAGCAGCUCACUUCGAGCAGUGGCGUGCGCUACUGGCGCAACACCAAGCUUGGUCUGACUGGUUUGAAGAACCUGGGAAACACAUGCUACAUGAAUUCCACGAUCCAAUGUCUCAGUGCGACGUUGCCGUUUGCGCGGUAUUUCCUGGACGGCCGUUUCAAGCGCGAUAUCAACGUGUACAACAACCUUGGAACCAAGGGCGACCUGGCAAUGGCCUUUGCCGAGCUGCUGGGUGCGCUGUGGGGUGAAAACUAUACGUUCCUCUCACCCAUCUCAUUUAGGAAAAGCAUCAUUCGGUUCAAGAACGACUUUGCAGGCACCGAGCAGCACGACUCGCAAGAGUUCCUGUCGUUUGUCAUGGACGGCCUGCACGAAGACCUGAACCGCAUCAAGGUGCGGCCAAAGCCCGUCGAGAUGACGCCCGAGCGAGAGGCGGCGCUCGAGUCGUUGCCGCCGCAGAUUGCCUCGGACAAGGAAUGGGGCAUCUACAAGCAGCGCAACGACAGCUUUAUCGUCGACCUGUUCCAGGGUCAAUACAUGAACCGUAUGGAGUGUCUGACGUGCCACAAGGCAAGUAGUUUGGAGGAGGCUGGGCCAACAUCAACGGUGUACGACUCGUUCCAGUGGCUUACGCUCGACCUGCCCUCUACCAAGUCUGCCUGUGUCCUGCCCGAGUUGUUCGAUCGCUGGACCUCGCCCGAGAUCUUGGAUGGUGACGAAAAGUGGUUCUGCCCUCGCUGCAGAGUCCACCGCCGAGCGUCCAAGACGCUCACGCUCGUGCGCCUGCCGCCAGUGCUCCUUAUCCAGCUUAAGCGUUUCUUACCUGUCAACGGCGGUCGGUUCUGGAACAAGUCCGAGACGCCCGUCAUUUUCCCUCUCAACGGGCUGGACCUCACCCGCUUCGUUCCCCCCCGUCAGCCCACGGGCGCCGAGGACAUGGACGACCCGCGGACCCAGGUCGGGCCGUUCAAGUACGACCUGUACGGUGUCAGUAACCACAUGGGCACACUCAGUUCUGGUCACUACACUGCAUACGUCAGGUCGUCGGACCAGUGGAUGUUCUGCGAGGACAGCAGGGUCCAGCCUGCCCGCGAACAGGACGUGGUGUCACGACCAGCCUAUAUUCUGUUUUACAAGCGUGUGCAGGCAUAG